AUGUUGGCUGGUGUGUGGGUGUCAAACGGAGCUGGACGCGGCGGCGGCUCCGCGGGUUCUGGUCGCCCCCACGUCUCCGGCGCCGCCGGCGUCUGCGGCCGUGCACGCAGGCCGGCCGGGAGGAGCGGAGUGCUGGAGAUCAAACCUUGGGCUUCCCGCAUGCAUGGCAAGUGUUCUACCACUGAGCUACAUCCUCGACUCCUCUCCCUGUUUUAAGGCCAGCUGCCUAGAAACCUUAAUUCCAUCUGCUACCUGAAUUCCCCUUUGUCACACAACUGGGAUUAGGAUGUGGACAUCUUUGGGAGGCCAUUGUUCCAUAUCGGUCGCAGUUGCUAGCAGGAGAAUCAGGAGAUCUCACAUUGUGCUCCAGACUUCCAGCUUCAUUGACGAAUCAGAAGGCUUGGCAGCCAGGGACCGGGCUGUUGCCUGGCAGCAGCGGGUGCCUUCUCUGCAGAAUCGUCACCCAGAGUAGGCGUGCAGUAGCAGCCAGUCUGUGCCCCUGGGUCUGUCCCAUCUCUGCCAGCAAGUCUCUGAAUCCGCCAGAAAUCUCUGAAUGUUGCUGUGAAUGAAAGGCCCAAUUAACUCAGAUGUGCAGGUCACUGUGGAAGAUUUUAAUCCCUUGCUGCCCUGAGAGGCUUUAGAAGAUUUCUUAGCGCUGGUCAGAUCAGUGAAGAGGUCAUGGCUUCCAGCCCUUCAGACUUGAACCUCAAGAGGAGGAAAUGACCGUCAGGGCACUUGCUCCGGAUCUGUUUUAAAGACUAAACUUUGCGGGGCUCAGACUUGCCCAGGACAGAAAAUUGGCUUUUUCUGAAGGGCUUUACAUUGUUCUGUAACUAGGAGAAGAAAAAUGACGACUUCAUCCAUUAGACGGCAGAUGAAAAACAUUGUGAACAAUUAUUCGGAAGCGGAAAUCAAAGUCCGGGAAGCCACCUCCAAUGACCCCUGGGGCCCCUCCAGCAGCCUGAUGACGGAGAUUGCGGACCUGACCUACAAUGUGGUGGCCUUCUCCGAGAUCAUGAGCAUGGUGUGGAAGCGGCUCAACGACCAUGGCAAGAACUGGCGCCACGUGUACAAGGCGCUGACGCUGCUGGACUACCUCAUCAAGACCGGCUCUGAGCGGGUGGCCCAGCAGUGCCGCGAGAACAUCUUCGCCAUCCAGACCCUGAAGGACUUCCAGUACGUCGACCGUGACGGCAAGGACCAGGGUAUCAACGUGCGUGAGAAGUCAAAGCAGCUGGUGGCCCUCCUCAGGGACGAGGAGCGGCUGAAGGCGGAGCGGGCCCAGGCCCUCAAGACCAAGGAGCGCAUGGCCCAGGUGGCCACAGGCAUGGGCAGCAACCAGAUCACCUUCGGGCGAGGCUCCAGCCAGCCCAACCUUUCCACUAGCUACUCGGAGCAGGAGUAUGGCAAGGCCGGGGGGUCGCCCGCUUCCUACCAUGGCUCGCCCGAGGCCUCGCUGUGCCCUCAGCACCGCACGGGGGCCCCGCUGGGUCCGAGCGAGGAGCUUCAGCCACUGAACCAACGCCACCCUUUCCUGCCGCACCUGGGGCUGGCCUCCCGCCCAAAUGGUGACUGGUCCCAGCCUUGCCUCACUUGUGACCGCGCAGCCCGAGCCACCUCCCCGCGGGUGUCCUCCGAGCUGGAGCAGGCCCGGCCCCAGACGAGCGGAGAAGAGGAGCUGCAGCUGCAGCUGGCGCUGGCCAUGAGCAGAGAAGUCGCCGAGCAGGAAGAACGGCUCAGGCGGGGGGAUGACCUCAGGUUACAGAUGGCCCUUGAAGAAAGCAGAAGAGACACAGUGAAAGUUCCAAAAAAGAGAGAGCACUGCUCGCACCCGCAGCAGACUACUCUGUUGGACUUAAUGGACGCCCUUCCCAGCUCAGGCCCUGCUGCCCCAAAAGCAGAGCCCUGGGGCCCAUCAGUCUCCGCCAACCAGAACAACCCCUGGGGCGGGCCAGUGGCCCCAGCCAGCACUUCGGAAUCCUGGUCAUCAUUUGGUGCCAAGCCAGCCACCUCUGUGGACCUGUGGGGAGUGGGCAUCGGAGCGCGCACACACUCCACCGCCAAGGGCUCAGACCCCUGGGCGUCCCCACAGCCCCCUGCGCCCAGUGCUGGGAAAGAUUCUGACGCCUGGGUGGCUGCCUCUGCCUCUGGGGCCUUGGAUCUCUUCAGUAAUUUGAAUGGUACAGUUAAAGAUGACUUUUCUGAAUUUGACAACCUUCGAACUUCAAAGAAAACAGCCGAGAAGGUCACCUCCCCACCACCUCAAAACAAUGGCGCUGCCAGCCCUGAGUCCUUUGACGCUCAGCCCCUGAGCAGCUCCUCGAGCAAGCCCAGCAGCGCCCGGAAAACACCUGAGUCCUUCCUGGGCCCCAACGCCACCUUGGUGAACCUGGACUCCCUGUUGACAAAGCCGGCCCCGCCAGCCCAGUCCCUCAAUCCUUUCCUGGCACCAGGUGCAGCCGCAGCUCCCGCCCCUGUCAACCCCUUCCAGGUCAACCAGCCCCAGCCACUGACCCUGAACCAGCUGCGGGGGAGUCCAGUUCUUGGGACCAGCAUGGCCUUCGGGCCUGGCCCAGCCGUGGAGCCCUUGGCCGGGCCCUCUGCAGCCUCACGCACAGCUCUGGGCUCCAGUGGUUCCUCCCUGGCGAUGAACAUGGUGGGUGGCGUGGGAAUGCCCUCAGCGGCAGCCCCGGCUACCGGCACCACCAACCCGUUCCUCCUCUAGUGCCUGGGCCUGGGACCUGAGCAGACACAUGGCCGGAGUGGCGGUGCACAGAAGGACGCCAAGCAGGGGUGCUUGUGUGACGAGUCAGGGGCAGGGGCGCUCAGGCUUCCGGUCACAGGCGAAUCCAGCCACCCCACCCAGCGCCACUCUCCUGCCGCCUCCCGUGGAGACGGGCUUGGCUCUUGGUGGCAUGGGACAAGGAAGUGGUCAGUGUCGCCCUGGCCCUGGCCCUCCCACAGAGAGGGUCCAGACCCCACUUCUGCCCCACCGAGACUGCAGACUAGACCCUGGCCUUUGGGGCAUGUGCUUGUGCAUAUUCUCUUCUCUCUGACUCCUGUGUGAGUCCAGAGUCAGCGCCAGCCCUCGGAACUCUGGGAUGAAACCCACUAGAGCAAGCUUUAACUAAUCUGAGCAUAACUCUGCCAUGCGGCUCUAUGCUUGUAUACGUUUGCACAUAUUUUGUUUAGUACAGUUUCAUAUUUGAGUUUGCAAAAUUAUCUAAUAGUCUUUUUUUGGCUAAUAUUUUUAUAACGUGGUUCUUAUUUAACUGUCUAGUUUUGAUAGAAUUGACCAGGUCUGGCUGAAUUUAAGAUUUUGGCAUGUGUCAUGUCCUUGAUAUAAAGCCUCUUAUUUAUGGUUUUAACUCUGUAAGAAAAUUUUAAAAGGAAGUGACAAAAAAAUGCCUUAUGAAAAAACUAAAGCAAAUUCUUUAUAGGGAAAAAUAUGGGAAUUGAUUAUACAGAAACAAAACUACAACAGCCACAAAAUAAUUUCCAGCCUCCAGUUGCCUUUUCCUUUCUUUAACUCCAUUUUUUUAGUGAAUUACCAAAUUGACUAGUUUUCGGGCUUUUUGCCUGGAUUCUGAGAGAGACGCUAUUUUUCUGACUGAUGAUACCAGUUUCAAGGAGGGUAAGGGUAAAUAGUCCUGUGAGAAUGUGGCCUCAUCUCCGUGGCUCAUGCUCUCUGUGGCUGGGUGUAGGGUUGACUAGAACUCCCCCCCGCCCCCCAGAGGACUGCAGACAUGGACAAGUCACCUGGAAGCUGGGGUGUCUGGGGCCUCCUUGGUCUUUACUCUCCCCUCCGGGGCUGGCAGGGGGUGGGGGGCGCGUGGAGGGUGGGAGGGCGGUGGCUCUGGUGCCCAUGGCUCCUGGGCUGUGGCCCUUGACUGGCCUGGGAGUGAAAGAACAGGGCUGGGCCCGACCCACCCACAUGCUUACACCUGACACAUUUAAUUGUGACAUUAAAAAUGAUCUCGUAUUUUGGAGAGAAAGAAAAUCAUUUUCACAGAGUAGAUUUUUAACAAACAUGCACUAAUAAUACCCUCUUCCACCCUCCUGCUUUUCCUCCCCAACCCUCCACCAUCAAAACAAGGAAAUUGUCAUGAAUGGGAGAGUCAGGGCAGACUGACUGCUCCCAGGGAAGGGCCGUUACCCUGGCAGCCACACACCCGCAGGCCUGCUCGGCCUGGCGAGGGUCUAGACUGGGCUUUCUUCUGUAGACUUCCCAGUUGGCCACUGGCAGGCCCUCUGCUGUUCCCUCUGGCUCAAGAGAGCUGAGCCUUAGCAGGAGGCCCUGGGGAGAUGGCCCAGGCCAGGUGGUGUCCACUCAGCCAUUCUCCUCCUUCCUGUGCCUGCCCACCAUAGCCACCCGUGAGGGUCCUGGAGCCAGCUGCCCAGAGUUCCUGGCCGGCCAUGCCUCUGCCCUGGGGCAUGCCCACAGGGCUCCCCACUUACUUACCGAGUCUCUGGUCUCUUCCAGCUUGGGAGAGGCUAAGGCAGAGAUAGGGGCUUCCCCCAGACAGGUGUUGUCACUCACAUGGGUCUGUGGGCCCUAGCUCAUUGUCACAGACCAAACUGCUACUUGGCUUGGUGAUUCUUUGGGGGACAGAACGAGUCCUUCCCGAGGGCAGGCCCAGGAUCACCACCACUGGGACGGACCUAGGAAGACUCCGGCCCUUUCCCCAGCAGUAGCCUGGCCCCUGCCCCUCCUGUUGCCCAUGCACUGAUCAUGAAGCCACCGGCCACAGCCACGUGUUGCACAUACGCCCUCGUGGAUCCUGGCAUUGUGGUGGGGGGUCCCCAAGUCCUCUGCUCAGUUCCAGGGCCUGGUGGCUAGUUUUGAACUUGUGUUGACUAUUGAUACUUAUUUACGAUAUAAAUAUAAUUUAUCAUUUGUAUCAUGA